AUGGAGAUCGAAUCACCCAGACUCCUGCUCAGGCCCGUGACAGAAGACGACCUCAUUGGCUUCCACAAACUGCAGUCGAGUCCGGAAGUCACCAAGUGGACCAAACAAGGCCCCAACAAAACCCUAGAACGCUCCCAGGAAAUGCUCGACGACCUCCUCGUCCUCGUCAACAUGAUGCGAUCCUACGAAUGCCGCGGCCAACCAGUCCUCAUCCACGCCAUCACAAUACCGCCCUCAAACGAGCUCGUCGGGCUCAUUGGAACCUUUCGACCUCGAGAGAUCGGCUUCUCACUUCACCCGAGCUUCUGGCGUCAAGGCUACGCCCAGGAAGCGACGAGGGCGUUUUGUGCCUGGUACUUCAGAGAACAUCCCGGUCAGCCACUCUUUGCAAAGGUCAAUGCCCAGAAUGAUGCCAGCAUGCGGUGUCUCAUGCGAUGCGGCUUCACUCCUGCCACGGAGAAGGAGCUGAAGGCUGAUGGGGCUUAUGGGAAAGAUCGGGAGCGGGAGACGUGGUUGUUGAGAGUUGGGUCUUGA